ACGCCCGCGCGGGCAGGGCAGGAACACCGGCUGGGGAGAGGCGCCCAGGGGCCCCGUGCACUACAAGACCCAUCGUGCUUUGCCAGGCGGCGCUGUGCGACACGCAGCGCUGCGGGGCCCCUCUGCCCUUAUUCCGGGGAAAGCGCAGCAGAGACCGGCAGGGGCGGCUGUCGGCCGGCGGGACGAGAACCAUGUGGGUGUUCGGCUACGGCUCCCUCAUCUGGAAGGUGGAUUUCCCCUACGAAGACAAGAUGGUCGGGUACAUCACGGGCUACAGCAGGAGGUUCUGGCAGGGCAGCACCGACCACCGCGGGGUGCCGGGCAAGCCUGGAAGAGUUGUGACUCUUGUUGAAGAUCCUGAGGGUUGUGUAUGGGGUGUUGCUUACAGAUUGCCCGCAGGACAAGAAGUUGAAGUAAAGGCAUACCUCGACUUCAGAGAAAAAGGAGGCUACAGGACUACAACUGUCAUUUUCUAUCCAAAAGAUCCCUCAAUAAAACCAUUUAAUGUAUUAUUAUAUAUUGGAACUUGUGAUAAUCCUAACUAUCUUGGUCCAGCACCCCUAGAAGACAUUGCUGAACAGAUUUUUAAUGCAGUUGGUCCUAGUGGAAGAAACACAGAAUACUUGUUUGAACUUGCCAAUUCCAUCAGGAAUCUUGUGCCAGAAGAUGUGGAUGAGCAUCUCUUCUCUCUAGAGAAACUAGUAAAGGAACUCUUGGAAAGAAACCAAAACCUCAAUUGCAUAUAAAAAUAAUUUAAUAGUUUCAAAUGAGCUUCUCCUUUCAUCUUCAGAAUUACGGUUUCAUUGCACAACGGGUAUAUGAUUUGGAGGCAUGUUUAUCUGUACUACAUGAUCUUAUUUAUUUUAAUGUUGCAUUCAAGACACUGUA